AUGCUCAUUUUUCGAUCGUAUACGUUUGUUAAAAUUCGCCGUAUGUUGGCAACAAUAUCGCCAUUAUUAAUAGUCACAACGAUUGUAUUUUCAGUUUUACUUAUAUUACUUUAUCUUUAUUCUCAUGAUCAUUAUCAAAAAGAACAUUUGCCAAGACUUCAAAUUUUAUUACCAAAUGGAACAAAAUUAUUUGUUAAUAAAGAAGAUUCAAAAGAAAGAAGCAAUGAACUUGAUCAUUGGCAUGAUAAAAUCUCGGAAACAAUAAAAAAUAGUGCAAAUUUCGGUUUUAUUCAUGCUUUUAUUGCAUCUAUAUCAGUUAUUAUUGUUUCGGAAUUAGGCGAUAAAACAUUUUUCAUAGCUGCUAUAAUGGCCAUGCGUUAUUCACGUUUAGUUAUAUAUUGUGGUGCAAUGGGCGCGCUAGGUGCCAUGACUAUAUUAUCAGCAUUAUUGGGAAAUAUCGUCACAAAAUUUAUUCCGAGAAUUUACACUUAUUAUAUCUCAAGUAUAUUAUUUGCAUGUUUUGGCAUUAAAAUGUUAAGAGAUGGAUAUUUAAUGUCGCCAGAAGAAGGAACAGAAGAAUACGAAGAAGCUCAACAUGAAGUAGAACAAGUUGAUAUGACCGAUGAUCUUGAAUCAGGUAGUGCAGGAAGUCAACAACAACCAAGAUUGCAAUCUGCGGCGAAACAACGAAGUACAGUAACAAAAAUUACAUCGGUACUACGUCGUUAUGUGUCGCCGAUUUUUAUACAAGCAUUUAUCAUGACUUUUCUUGCUGAAUGGGGAGAUCGAUCGCAACUAACAACAAUUAUACUGGCAGCCACGGAAAAUCUAUUAGGUGUGAUUGUUGGUGGGACGAUAGGCCAUGGGUUUUGUACUGGAUUGGCCGUUAUUGGUGGCCGUUUUAUAGCUCAACGUAUAUCGCCGAAAACAGUAACAAUCGUUGGUGGCAUUGUCUUCAUAUGUUUUGCUUUGUCAGCGUUUUUUAUCCGUCCUGAUAAAUAA